ACGUAACAUCGAAAGCGUUGAAAAAUCUAACUUUCUCUUUCCAUGGCCGGGCAUGGAUGUCGGUAUCCAGCUAAAAAAGGGAGCCUCGUCGUUUUUCUUUAUUGUUGCCCCUCGACUCAUUGCCCUUGAGUCAUAGAAAAAAGAAUAUGCCAGGGUUCUUAGAGGUCUCCUAGCAUGCCCCACGUUUUUCCCCGCUUUUUCUUUCAGUUAUAAUUGAGAAGUAGCUGACGGAACAUCAACCAGCUCAGUAGAGUGUGCGUUGCUCCAGGACAAUGAAGGAACUGUCGACGUACGUCAAAAUUGCCAUCAGUUUGGCUAUUGCUUAUUCUUUCUAUCCACACGAUUCAUCACGACAAUUACCAGCGUUUGUCAGCAGUCCAUUAACGCAAUUGCAACAAUGGUUUUACGAUGUUAUCCGGCCGCGUAUGGAACGCAAUGUUAUCGCCGUGCCAGAGGUCUUCAUGACAACGCCGGAGAUUAUCGCCAAUCGAGGCUAUCCAGUGGAAAUUCAUCAUGUCAUCACUGACGACGGAUACAUUCUUGAGCUCCAUCGCAUACCGUUCGGGAAACGUGACACGCAUCAGCAUAAUAGCACGUUCCAACGUCGAGCAGUUUUCCUGCAACAUGGCAUGAUGGGUACCGAUCAUUUCUGGUUAGUCACUUCCAACAACAAUUCACUGGCGUUCCUCUUGGCUGACCAUGGCUAUGACGUUUGGUUGGGAAAUUCUAGGGGAAACACGUACGCACGCAAACACAUCAAUCUCAAUCCCGAUAAAGAUGAAGCGUUCUGGGAUUUCUCCUGGGAUGAAAUGGGUCAAUACGACAUCCCAGCCAGCCUCGAUUAUGUUCUCAACGUAACUGGACAAGAGAAAUUAGCUGCUUAUUUCGGCUACUCACUCGGUUGUAGCGUGUUCUUCAUGAGUGCUACCCAGUACCCACGCAUUAACGAUCAAGUUGACAUCAUGAUUGGCUUGGGUCCCACUGUCAGCGUGGCGCAUUUGAAUAAUUACUUCCGUUACAUGGCACCGUUCGUGAAUAUCUAUCAACUUUACCAACGAUUGUUCGGUAUAGGAGAAGUUCAUACGAAUGAUGGAGUCUUACAUUCCCUUACCCGUUUCAUAUGCGAGACUAGCGAACUUGGAGCUAAAUUCGGCUAUUUGUGGCUAUCCCAAAUUUUUGGCUAUUCCGAUGUUUUUGAUCAGAUGGAUUACUACCGUCUGAUCGGGCAUUAUCCAGCCGGGGGAUCAGCUAACACCAUGGUCCAUCUUCUUCAAAACUACAAUUUUGGUGAAUCAUUUCUUAAAUUCGAUUAUGGGCCAGAACGGAAUCUGGAGCGAUAUGGAACACCAUACCCGCCUGAGUACAAUCUCACGCUGGUGACUGCUCCUGUGUUUUUAGUUCACGCCGACAACGAUCCUUUUGCUCCGCCACAGGAUGUCGCUUGGUUGAAGGGCAAGCUGGGAAAUUUGAAGGGCUCCUUACGGGUACCGAGUCCAACGUUCAGUCACGGUGACUUUGUAUGGUCACCACGAGUGGCCGAACUGGUUCAUAAACCAGCCAUCGAUCUCCUGCCAUCACCUUUUAUCCAUAAGGAAACUUACGCUCACAUUUCAGCAUAAGCUUUAACAAAAAAAUUUAUUUUUCGUUACCAUUCAUAGGGUUUGAUUUUUAAAUAUUUUUCAAAGGCCAAAGAUUAACGUUUGCCUUUAGGUUUUCCUUAAUCCUCGAGCACAAGAAUGAUUAUAUUUUCGAUAUAUAUUUAUUCGCAAGAACAGACACUUUCAUGUGUUGAUAUUCUCCAGUACAUUUUAAAUCAAGAUUUAAAGCCUGUGCACCCAAAAUCCUGACUGUUUGUGACAUUACGGACAUGUCCACGUGCCAACAAAUAAUAAAUUACAUUCGCAAUUCAUUGCAACGAGAA